AUGAACCGGGCAAUCGUAACUGGAAAAAUUGAAUCCCUUAAAGCCAAUUCGGGUCAAGCUGUUUCUAUUGGUGACCACUACAUAUGUGUCGGGUUUCAUGAGGAUACGGGUUCCGAUUAUCGGGUUUGGGAGUGGCAUGGUCAUGUUAUGCUUUUUGAUGAGGAAAAUGGGUAUACGCCUGAGUAUAUAUAUGGGAAUUACUUUGAAAGAAUUAAUGGUAAGCUUAUCAAGAACAAACAAGAACAGAAGAUUGAUAAUGAAGAAGAGGAGAAGUAUCUUAUAUUAGGAGAAUCCAGGGUCAAGAAGGAGAUAAUCCGGAUAAUCUUAACUGGAGAAAUUAAAUCCCUUAAACACAAUUCGGGCCAAGCUGUUCCUAUUGGUGAGCACUACAUAUGUGUUGGGUUUCAUGAGGAUACUGGUUCGGAUUAUCGGGUUUGGGAGUGGCACGGUCAUGUAAUGCUGUUUGAUGAGGAAAAUGGGUAUACACCUGAGUACAUUUAUGGGAAUUAUUUUGAAAGAGUUAAUGGUAAGCUUAUGAAGAAGAAACAAGAAGAGGAGAGCGAGAAAGUUCGGAAUUUGGGGUUAAGAGAGUUGAUAGAAUCGGGUGAAUCGAAUACGGAGGGUCGGAUUCUUAGGAGAAAUAUGAAUGCUGGCGAUACAAGGUUUAUAUCGAAUCACCCUUUUUUCAUCUUUUAAUUCUGUUAUAGUUUCUACUAGUUCAUUUGCAUCUUGUUGGUAUGGUGUUUUGCUUGAGUACUGCAUAAAUGAUACUCGAUUUGAAUUAGUGUUUCUAGCUUUUGCAUGAAUAUCAGGAAUUGUUAAGAUAUGUUUGCUUGUUCUAAAUAGAAAUAUUGUAUCUUAUAUUAGGAGAAUUUGUCAUCUAAAAGUCUGUGGCAGCCUCAAGUUCUUAGAUAUGUUGUACUUUUCUACAUCAAUAGCCUUUUGAUUCAAAGUUGAUAACAUGACUCGUUGAAGCACCCAAGGGCGUGACCUUGUGAUCAAUGAAGUGGGUUGAGAAUCAUGAGGUCUCAGCUUCUAAUUUCAUCUGUCCAAACCUUGGUGGACACAGUUAACUGAUACCUAUGCUGGAGAAGUAGCCAGUACCUGGUACCCGUGGAAUCAAUCGAGCUGCAUCCAUGUUGGCUGGGACACCAGGAUUAUCAAGAAACAAAAAGCCCAUUGAAGGAAUUAUGUUCUAUAUGUUAGGAUCUUUAGCAGCGUACUGCUCUAAAAUGUGACCAUUAGCACCAAAAGAAAAGAUUGGAUGGUGAAUGAAUUUUGUCUUCAGAAGCCAGGGCGACAAUGAAAUUCACCCUGUCAAAUUCUGGUGCAUAUUUUGGGAGUAGAAGAUCGUCAACGGUCAAAACACUAUAAAUGAAAAUCCACCAGUUUCUCAAAAAAGUUCUGUAUCUUAGUUCUAGUUGACUUGCUGUUAAUUAAAAUGAGGAGAAGCUGUUAUCUUAUGUUAAUUUUCUGCAAGAAGCAGAAUUAGGAGUUAAGGCUAGCAUACUACCCAAGCAAUUUAAUACAUUUGAAGAGAAUGUGAACAACUAGCUACAUAACAUGUUAUCCUCGGCAUUAUGGGUGAUGCUUUAAGGUGCGAUCCUAUGAGCGUUAAGCCAGAAGGAUUUAGCUUAGGAGAAAUAUAAGUAUAUAACUAUACUGUGCAGCACUUUGUUAUUUCGACAUGCUCUUUUAACCCCUGAACAGUGCUGAAGUAAUGCUCAGCAUAAUAGGCGAUGCUUUAAGGUUCCAUCCAAUGGGCGUUAAGCCAGCAGGACUUGGCUUAUAAGGAAUAUAACUAUGUUGUGCAGCACUUUGUUAUUUUAACAUGCUCCGUUAACCUCUGAACUGUGCUGAAGUAGUGCCUUUCAAUUUGAACUCUUAAUAUGAUACAAGGACAGCAGAC